CAGCUGCCCGCUGGGCUCCGGUACAGACGCCUCUGCUCGCGCCGCCCGCCGCCCAGCCAUGCAGUCCAGGAAGGGGUCGCAGCGGUGCAGGGGCCGCAGGGCCGGCCGCCACCUCCUCUACCAGGAGUCCCUGCUGCUCGGCAGCCUGGACGGCAGCCUAGGCGUGGAGGAGGCCGGGGACAGCAGCGACCCGGAGCACAUCUUCCAGAACAUUCAGUUCCAGAAAGACCUCAUGGCCAACCUGCGCUGCAGGCCCUGGGCCAUGGAACAGAAGCUGAGGGCACUGAGGCGAGCCAAGGAGAUCGUGCUCCAGUCUGAAGGGAGGCUGACCCGGACCCGGGGCUACCAGGCGGCAGGCGCAGAGCUCUGGCGGAAGGUGGUGCGUGUGGCCACCAACAUAGCAGUGAUCUUCAUCCCCUGGGAGACCCGGAUCAAGAAGAUAGAGAGUCACUUUGGCUCUGGCGUGGCCUCCUACUUCAUCUUCCUGCGCUGGCUGUGUGGCAUCAACGUGGUGCUAGCACUGAUGACAGGGGCAUUUGUGGUGGUCCCAGAGCUUGUCGCCGGCCAGCCGUUCGGCAGCACGGCCCGCAAGUCCAUCCCCAAGGAGCAGCUGGCGUCGGCCCAGGACCUGGACACCGUGUGGUCGCUGGGGGGCUACCUGCAGUACUCGGUGCUCUUCUAUGGCUACUACAGCAGGGAGCGGCGCAUCGGCAGAGCCGGCUACCGGCUGCCCCUGGCCUACUUCCUCGUGGGCAUGGCGGUGUUUGCCUACAGCUUCAUCACCCUCCUGAGAAAGAUGGCCAAGAACUCUCGCACCAGCCUGGCCAGAGCUUCCCGCGAGAACUACCCCUUCUGCUGGCGCUUGUUCUGUGCCUGGGACUACCUCAUCGGGGACCCCGAGGCCGCCGAGAGCAAGACCGCAGCCGUGGUCAACAGCAUCCGCGAGGCCAUCCUGGAAGAGCAGGAGAAGAAGAGGAGCAAGAACCUGGUGGUGACCGUGUGCCUGCGGCUGGUGGCCAGCGUGCUGGUGCUGCUGUCCCUGGCCGGGAGCAUCUACCUCAUCUACUUCGUGGUGGAGCGCUCUCAGCGGCUGGAGCAGAGCAAGGCUGAGCUGUCGCUCUGGGAGAAGAAUGAGGUGAGCGUGGUGGUGUCCCUGGUCACCAUGCUAGCGCCCUCGGCCUUCGACCUCAUCGCGGCGCUGGAGAAGUACCACCCCCGCACCACGCUGCGCUUCCAGCUGGCUCGGGUGCUGGUGCUGUACCUGGGCAACCUCUACAGCCUCAUCAUCGCGCUGCUGGACAAGGUGAACAGCAUGAGCACGCAGGAAGCAGCCCCCAGAAACGGCACAGGCCUCUGGGUAGGUCCUCCGGCCUCUGGCCCCAGGCCAGUCCCCAUGGAGGAACCCUGGGCCCCAUCCUGGAGAAAUGGCUCCGCGGUCCCUGGAGCAGUAGGCCCACCCACCCACCCCCUGCCUGCCGCCAACGGCACAGCCACACCUGCCCCGAGCCCACCAGGCCCAUGCUGGGAGACCUACGUGGGGCAGGAGAUGCUGAAGCUCUCCGUCAUCGACAUGCUCUUCACGGCGGCCAGUGUGCUGCUGCUUGACUGCCUGCGGGGGCUGUGCGUGCGCUACCUCAGUGACUGCUGGUGCUGGGACCUGGAGAGCCAGUUUCCCGAGUACGGGGAGUUCAAGAUCGCGGAGAACGUGCUGCACUUGGUCUACAACCAGGGCAUGAUCUGGAUGGGGGCCUUCUUCUCCCCAUGCCUCCCGGCCAUCAACGUGCUCAAGCUAGUCGGCCUCAUGUACCUGCGCAGCUGGGCCGUGCUCACCUGCAACGCGCCCCACCAGCAGGUGUUCCAGGCCUCCAGGUCCAACAACUUCUACCUGGCCACAUUGCUCUUCAUGCUGUUCCUGUGCACACUGCCUACCGCCUUCGCCAUCGGCCGCUACAGGCCGUCGCUGCACUGUGGCCCCUUCAGCGGCCAGGAGAGGAUCUAUGAUAUCGUGUGGGAGACAGUGGCCGACCUCCCGGGCUGGGCGGGCGCGGCGCUGGGCUACCUGAGCAGCCCCGUGGUGGUCGUGCCGGCCCUGCUGCUGCUCUUCAUGCUCAUCUACUACCUGCAAAGCAUUGCCCGCUCCCUGAGGCUCAGCAACCUCCAGCUCCGCCUGCAGAUCCAAAAGGCCAGGUCUGAAGAGAAGAAGAAGCUUGCCCAGAUGGUAGAAGCCCGGAUCCAGAUCCAGGAGAACUCCAAACAGGCUCGCAGGGACAGUGACCCGGCCAGCCCACGAGCCACAGGCCCCACCAGGAUGGCCCAGGACAAUGGCCAUGUGGUCAGCCUGGGUGAAGCCGGCGGCAGAAGUGGACUUGUGGAGACUGUCGCCCAGCCCAUGCCCCGGAGUGCCUGGUGGGGCCCCUGCGGGUCCAACUCCCCACUGCCUGGCACGUCUGGGCUCAGAACAGAGCAUGGCACCAGCAGGCAUCCGCGUGGCCUGUGCUCCAGCACCAGCGACCUCCACCAGGACUGGACCUCACUGGAGGAUACCCCCACAGAGUCUCUUUUUCAGGAGGAUAUGCAGCAGGCUGGAGGGGCAGCCCCCAGGGCCCGAGAGUGCCGGCCCCGUGGCCCCUGGUACUACGUGACACUCAAGCGUGGUCUCCACAGCCCCCCUCCCACCACGCGGCCAGGGGCUCCUCUCAGCGUGGGGGCUGCGGGUGACCUGCCGGCAUUGUACCCCAGCAGGGUGCGGUGGACCGCUCCCCGGGCCCCCCGCCAGGUGGGCUCCCCCCAGCUGAGCGACGAGGAGGCGGGGACCCCCAGGCGAGACUGGGUCCUGUCCCUGCACCCCCACUCCCUGACUGACCUCCACGGGACCCCCCACUUCUGUGUGGGUGCAGAGCCAGGGCUCCGGGGCAGGGUGCUCUCCAAGUCAUGGCACGAUGGUUUCAGGGGCCGGUUGGACAAGCCAGGGUACACACCCAGAAAGCCUCGGUCCCGAAACCCGCGGCUCCCACAGCCGCCUCGGGGGCCUAGGCUGGAGCCUGGGUUUGAGCCCUCCCUCACUGAGUCUGACUCAGUGUCGGGGGCCUCCAGCAGUGACCCCCAGUACCUGCAGGUGACCCCUGCGUGCCCUCAGCCCAGGCCCCAGCACGCCAGGCGGCCGGAGCUGCAGGAGCUGGUGUGCUCCCACGUUUAGGGCCCCAGCACACCCCACACGCAGGGCAGAGCCCCCAGGU